CCGGUAGCAGCCAGACGUGCCCGGAGUCACAGGGUAGAACACGUAGCUCCAGUCCACCCACUCGCUCACAUUUAACCCAGCCUGCAGCCUUCCAAUUACUCCUCAGCUCGCCAGCUCCCGCGCGACCCGGUGCAGACGCCCAGCGCUGCCAAGUAGAAGGAGGACAUGAGCAACUAAGAGCAGCAGCCGACGCCGCUAGCUGAUCUGCUGCGCUCUUCCGGUGCCGCUUCUUUUUUGGGUGCCAGGCGCGCACCGUUUGCUGGAGGUGGCGCGUCCGCGGGGGAACAUCCCGGCUCAGUCACUGGAUUCGCGUUGACACGGAGCAGUGUGCCUGCCAGCCAGCUAACUAGCUUGCCAGCCUCCACCUUACUUCCAGCAGAGAACUUGGGUUGUUGGAAAAGAAAAGAAAAAGCAAGCCGGUUUAAAUGGAAAGGAUCCCCAGCGCUCAGCCUCCCCCUCCACCACCACCUUGCCUGGGCAAGCUGGCAGCUCUGGAGGGCAGCGAAAUGUCAGGGUUGGAUUUCGCUCAUAUUUAUCAAGUUUACAAGCCCAGAAGAGGGAUAAAAAGGGGUGAGGACAGCAAGGAGACCUAUAAGCUGCCCCACAGACUGAUAGAGAAGAAAAGACGUGAUAGGAUUAAUGAAUGCAUUGCCCAGCUGAAAGAUCUCUUACCAGAACAUCUCAAACUUACAACAUUAGGACACUUGGAAAAGGCGGUGGUUCUUGAACUUACCUUGAAGCACGUGAAAGCACUAACCAGUCUCAUUGAGCAACAGCAGCAGCAGAUCAUUGCCCUCCAAAAAGGUCUACAUGCUGAUGAGCUGCCCCCAAGGAGCCUUGACUCCAGCCAGGAGGUGUUUCGGUCCGGUUUCCAAAUGUGUGCCAAAGAAGUGCUGCAGUAUGUGGCCAAACACGAGAACAGCAAGGAGCUGAAAUCCUCCCAGCUCAUCGGCCACCUGCACAGAAUGGCCUCCGAGGUUCUUCAGGGUGGAACCAGCAGGAAGCCUGGCGAUGCUGCCCCUAAACUUGCGGAACUGAAGGAGAAGUCUGGCGCUCUGACCAAAGCUGCCGAGGCUCAUGGGAAAAACUGUGUGCCUGUGAUCCAGAGGACUUUCGCCCACUCUAGCGGAGAGCAGAGUGGCAGCGACACAGACACAGACAGUGGAUAUGGGGGGGAGCUGGAGAAAAGCGACUCCAAAUCCGACCAGCAAUAUUUUAAAAAGGACGCUGAACUCAAGUAUGCCGUCCAGGAGAGAAUCAGCUCUAUCAAACAAGAGACUGAGGACCCGCCAGCCAAAAGAACCAGGAUGGAAAUGUUGGAGGACGAAGAUCAUUUUAGCAGCGAUGUGCUCGGCUCUCCAAGCAGUUUCUUGGGCCCUCACCCUCACCAGCCUCCUCUGUGCCUGCCUUUCUAUUUGAUUCCACCCUCAGCGACAGCCUACCUGCCUAUGCUGGAGAAGUGCUGGUACCCGGCCUCUAUGCCUCUCUUGUAUCCAGGCCUCCCAGCCUCCACUGCAGCACUUUCAGGGUUAAUGAACCCAGAUAAGAUUUCUUCUCCUUUACUAAUGCCUCAGCAACUCCCUUCUCCAGCACCAUCCCACUCCCCCAUGGACUCUACUGCUCUGCUUCAAGCUUUGAAGCAGAUGUCUCCUUUGAAUUUGGAAACCAAAGACUAAACUUGGAGUGACUUUUCCUUGAGAUUUUUCUCCCCCUUUGCUGGAUGAGUUUGUGAUUAUUUCAGGGUUCCCUGUGUCUCUCUCUCACACACACCCUAAAGUGGCUGAACUGAGAAGCACUGAGGGGAGGGGAGAGAUCGUUGAUCAUGUUAUAUGUAGAGAAGCUGAAUCAUCCCUUGCUUUGACUGCCCAGAGAAUUUAGGAAAAACCUCAGAGAUGAACCCAAAUUAGUAAUGCAAAGGAGCCGGUUCUUGCUGCUUCUCCUCGCCCCUUAAAUGUGUUGAUGGGCUUUUGUUUGUUUGUUUUCCUUUCUGCCAUCUGCAAAGAAAGACCUGAAUUGGUUGGCUAGGAUUAUAUUUCAAAGCUGUGAAUGAAAACUAAAAAAGAGAGAGAGGUGGAUUUAGACUCUUGUGAAUAAUACAAAAAAGUGGUACUUCUCAUGAGAACUUUGCUUAGUAAAAGAGCUGGAUUCAAACAGAGAGGCUUCCCCUCUUCCUGCUGCUGCCAAUAUUCAAAACCUUUUAACUUAACACUCACAAACACACAUACAUAUAUAGCAAUUUAAGCAUUGGGAUCAGCCCUGCUUUUAGUAGUCACUGGCUAGCAGAGCAUAGUAAGCAAUUCAGGGAGAUUUUGAGACUGGAUUCUCAUCACAUUUCUCCUGAAUUGCAGACAUCAUUUUCCUUUUAGAUUCUGCCUGGAAAUUUUGUUCAGCAUGAGCUGUUGGAUAAGGAUGGUGACAAAAGAGAGGGCAUCCUUGAGGAGCAUUCUAUGCCUCUUUGUUUCUCACACUAGGCAUUGCUUCUCAUAACUGCUAGAUAGGAAUGUCUGGGACUUGUCCCCAAGAAGUGGACAGAUAAACAAUCCAUGCUGUGGCACGGUUCAGCUCUGGCAAGCAAACAAUAAAAUCAGAUCCGAUCAGAUCAGACUGGUACUUUUACAAGGGAGCUGCCUGCCACUAGCUGUUUUACUAUGGAUCCUAUUCUGUUGCAAGGAUGUCACCAGCGUGAUAUUCUCUGAAGUCCAUUCUCAAUUUGUCCCCCGUCCUUGAAGGCGACAAGAUCUGGCUGUUAUGUAAGGGAGUUGCAUGCCCAUAGCAGGGUUUGUAACUUUCUUCCAGGUACCAAUGUAAACAUAAUAUGGAAUGUUACAGUUUCUGAGAUGAAGGCCUUACUCAGAUAGCCCUUGCAGUCUGCGGUAGCAGAACUGGCAAUGCUAAGCACUUCCCUGAAACCCAUAAGGUUUUUUGUUUCUUCGUCCUGUCCCCCCCCACCCCCCGAGCAAUACCUAAUUCACCGGGUGUGGAAUAUAUGGCACUUUUGCACUAAAGCAAGAGGCAGGCUUAUGAUCCUGGUCUAGGCUGGGCAGGUACAGGUGGAAAGGACCCCAAAGUGAAAAUAACACACCCAACCGAAUAAAUCUCCCCCCGCCCCCAGUAGUUUGUAUUAGAGCACAUUUUAAAUCGAAGAAACAGACAAUGAUAGUUGGAGGGAUUCCCCUCCAGCAUCUGCUGCCUGAAGCUACUCUCUUAUGUUGCAUCCUCCUAAGGCUGGACCUUGAUGGUAGUUUAUAAGAACUGCAGGAAGUGGAUGAGCAAUGCUCUCUGCGAAAGAAAAGCAGGUCUCUUGCCCGGGUGGCAGUGUCAUUGUUGGCCAUGAGUGCUCUUGAUGGAGACUACCAGAUGUGCUGUUUUGGUGUGUCAUAACCCUAGUUCUACAGCCUCUGCCCUGCUCCCCUGGAACUGAUUGUGUCUGGCAUGGGCUGUGAAGUUUGCACAACUGGAUUGCCAUAUUCACUGCUGGAGUGCCGCAGUGGAAGACGUUCCCUCCCCCCUCCCCGGGACACUUUCCUGUGCUCAUAGUUGUGUGCUGCCGCACCAAACCAAAUAGUGUGAGAAACCAUCAUCUAGAUGGAGCAGAUUCUGCACUGGUGAAUACUCCCAUUUGAUUUCGGCUACUUAAAACAGUAAUAAUAACCCAUGUCAUAUGGUGGUGUCAUCUGAGUAGUUCUGAGACAUUCAUAGAGCUCUGCGGUCCUACGAAUUCUCCUUACACUAUUGCACCAACUGCUAGAAUGCACUAUGCUGAAUUGCAGAUCGUAUUUGACCAUUUAUUUUAUUGUCUGUUUUCAAAAAAAGGUGUUUUUUUUGUACACGGUUGUUGCCUUUAUUUGUAAAAUCUGUUAUAAAUAUAAAUGUGUACAUAUAAAUAUAUAUUAUAUGGAUAUGUAAAAAAAAUGUUUCAGAAGUCUAUUAUUUGUAAAACUACUUGAGUACAAAGAAAGUGGGAAAUAUGAAUGUAUUCCUGUUUUUCUUUUUAUUGAGGAGAAUGAUCCAUUCAUCCUCUAGGGAGAGGUAGAGUGUUUAUAUUUUUGGAACCUUCCGGAACGUGGGGAUAUUGUAAAUAUUUUUAUCAGAGUAAAUGUUACGUAGUUGUUUUAAAAAAAUACUAAAUAAAAUUCUUUUCCUGUGGAA